CUCCAAGCAGCUGAUCCUGGCGGCGGGGCAAGAGAGCUUCGAGGAUGGCGGCGUCCGCGGCGCUGAUUCUGCGGGAGAGUCCCAGCAUGAAAAAAGCAGUGUCGCUGAUAAAUGAAAUAGAUAUAGGAAGAUUUCCACGAUUGCUCACCCGAAUUCUUCAAAAACUUCACCUGAAGGCUGAGAAUAGUUUCAGUGAAGAAGAGGAAGAAAAACUUCAAGCUGCAUUUUCUCUGGAGAGACAAGAUCUUCACCUAGUUCUUGAAACAAUAUCUUUUAUUUUAGAACAGGCAGUAUAUUACAAUGUGAAGCCAGCAGCUUUGCAGCAGCAGUUAGAGAACAUUCAUCUUAGACAAGACAAAACAGAAGCAUUUGUCAAUGCUUGGUCUUCUAUGGGUCAAGAAACAAUUGAAAAAUUCAGGCAGAGGAUUCUUGCACCCCACAAGCUGGAGACGGUUGGAUGGCAGCUUAACCUUCAGAUGGCUCACUCUGCCCAAGCAAAACUAAAAUCUCCUCAAGCUGUGUUACAGCUAGGAGUGAGCAAUGAGGAUUCGAAGAGCCUGAAGAAAGUUCUUGUGGAAUUCAGUCACAAGGAAUUGUUUGAUUUCUAUAACAAGCUAGAGACCAUACAAGCACAGCUGGAUUCCCUUACAUGAUGUUCCUAAAGACUGGUUUCUCUAUCACACUCCUGCCACCUCAUUGUUUUGCAUUGAAGAUAAACUGCCAGGUUGUGUUUUCUGAAGGAUUCAUUAGCUUUCUUCUUGUAAAUUAUACGGUUUAUUGCUUCUUAUACAAAUAACAGCCAAGGAAGAUCAUUGUUUUGAGUACUGAAGUUCUAAUAUACAUUCUACAGUUCUGUGAGCCAACAGCAAGCAAUUGUUAAGAACAUUUUUGUUUUAAGGGGAACAAAAGUGAAUAUCAUAUUGUUUUUACUGUCCUAUUUUUGCUUUAUUGCCUGACCUGUUUAUUUUUUACAUACUUGAAUGUAUCAAGAAGGGUCCAUGGAUACAAAGUGUAAUGUGUACCUUAGAACACAGAACUUCUUUCAUUACAUUAAUAAAAAUAAGAAAGUGGCCACAUUCAAUUAAAUACAUUAUGGCAUUUAUUUCCUUUAAUAUAAUGAGUGUAUUUUGCUUGGGAAAUAAUAUAGGAAAGAAAUUUUAAAUAGAGCUAGUGCUAGUACAUCAGCCAACUCCAGUAUGAGCAUCUCUGUGCACUUUAAUUUUUUCUCUGAGUUUAAUGAUUUAAUAACAGUUCAGGUUUUUGUGUGCUUUUUUUUUGUACUGAAAAUUAAUGAUUCAUUUCAAGGUGUGGGAGACAGAUUCACAUCAUGAAUAAAAAUAACUGUAAUGAGUGCUAAAUGAUUAUCCUUAAAAUUUUAAAACAGAAUGUGAAACAAAUUUUAUGUUCUCUUUUCGUAAAUAUGUUAAUUUCAGUCAAGAAGAUUUUUAUGUCUUAGAAUUAGUUGAAGUGCACAGUAUUUUAUGCUGUGGAUCUAUAUAAAUGUGAGUAUGGUUGCCUGCAGAAAAUAAUAUCAGUUGAAUUUUUUAUGAGUGAAAUGUCUGCACUAUAUUAUUUCCAGUGAGAAAGACAGAGUGAGGGAGGAAAGGAGAGAAAGGGAUGGGGGGGGGAGAAAAUGAGAGAGAGAGAACAGAGAGAGACAGAGAUUCAAAUAUGACUUCACAUGAAAGAAUUUGAUUUCAGAAAUAUCCUGUAGUUAAACAGAACCAUUGGAUUUAAAUCACAUUCUUUAUAUGAGGUAUCUGAGUAAUAUGAAUGUUAAAUGUCUCCCAAAUAAAUGUUCAGUAUAUGGAAUUUAUGUCCUUACUUAUUUAUACGUGUGUUUGUAUGUUGUUGCUUAGAAGGAUUAGGUGUUUGGAUUAUUUCAGAAUGUAAAUAUUAUAGUGGCUGUCCAUACUUGGUUGAUUUGAAAAGUUUUUAAACUCAAACUUCCAUUGAUAGGAUAUCUAGAAGACGUGUUUAUAAUAUAAUGGGAUUUGUUUCCAUAUGUAGCUUGUGGGAUCUAUCUUAUAUUUUUAUGCUCUGUUCUGGUGGUCCCCAGAGGAAAGUACCUGAC